AUGCAUUCGCAAUCAGGUAAUCUUUGUACAGGUCCUGCCUGCCGUUCAGUGGACAUGCUCAAGCAGAUGAUCACAUGUGGAAUGAACAUCGCUCGUCUUAACUUCUCACACGGAAGUCAUGAGUACCACGGUGGGACCAUCAAAAAUGUUCGCCAAGCAGUUCAAGAGAUGGGAGGCUCCCUUCAAAUUGGAAUCGCUCUCGACACAAAGGGGCCGGAGAUUCGAACUGGCCUUCUCACCUGGCGGUGCAACUGCUGA